UCGUUAUUGGAACUCUUCCAUUUGUUAGGGUGAGAAAGUGUCUUUCGUAAAUAUAUUCGCGUAGUCACGCUUUGAGAUUGAACAUUUCGGAAUCACAGUACAGGAAACAUGUUUCGAAAUCAAUAUGAUAAUGACGUCACAGUUUGGAGUCCACAGGGUCGUAUUCACCAGAUUGAGUAUGCCAUGGAGGCAGUGAAACAGGGGUCAGCCACAGUUGGACUCAAGUCUCGGACACAUGCUGUCCUUGUUGCCCUCAAGCGAGCACCUUCUGAGCUGUCUGCUCACCAGAAGAAAAUAAUUCCUGUUGAUGACCAUGUUGGUGUGUCUAUAGCAGGCCUUACAGCAGAUGCUCGACUCUUAUGCAACUUCAUGCGAUCGGAGUGUUUGAAUUCCCGGUAUGCCUACGAAACUCCACUACCUGUGUCCAGACUUGUCAGCAUGAUUGGAGACAAAUCACAGGUACCGACACAGCGUUACGGGAGACGACCAUUUGGAGUUGGACUCUUAGUAGCAGGAUAUGAUGCACAAGGUCCUCACAUCUACCAGACCUGCCCGUCCGCCAACUACUUCGACUGCAAGGCCAUGGCUAUUGGAGCCAGGUCCCAGUCUGCCAGAACAUACCUGGAGAGAAAACUGGACACCUUCUUAGACUGUACCCUGGAGGAGCUGAUCCUGCACGGGAUGAGAUCGCUGAGAGACACCCUACCCCAGGACUUGGAGCUUACAACCAAGAACUGUUCUAUUGGGAUUGUCGGCCGAGACCAGGACUUUACAAUCUAUGAUGAUGAUGAUGUUGCUCCAUAUCUAACAAAGAUUGAAGGCGAGGAGAGAUCUGCGCCUCCACCAGUAGAGGAAGGGGAGGCUGCCAUGGAGGCCCAGGAUGAUGCUGCAGCACCAUCAGAACCUAGUGUAGCUCCUCCAGACACUGAGGGUAUGGACCACUAGACAGACAGUCAUCAUCAUCCCUGAGUUGACACGAUGCUCUCAUUGUCCCUACAAGUCAUACAUCAUCAACAAUGCUGGAGUCCGGACGUCAUUACUGACAAUAAUACUGUUUACUGUCUAUCAUGACUCUGUCAGAGUAUAAAUCCUUUAUUUUGAAGAUUGUCAUCAUUAGUUGAUGUUACUGACAAAUUGUUAUGUGUUUUCAAAAGAUGCUUGAAUACUGAUGUACAAAGAAAGUGAAGUUCAUUUUCUAGGUUUGCAAUUUUGAAUCUUGAACCUGUUUAUGAACUAUAGUGCUGGUGACUUGAAGAGCAUUGAACAUUGAAACAUAUUUAUGUCAUCAACUGUACAUUUCCGUUCUGUUACUGAACAUGUGUAAUACAAUAAAUAUCAAUUAGAAAUGGUAAA